AUGAAACUGCUUGUUGGAAUUAUUGUGGUCUCUCUGGCCGUUCUGGCCUCAAGUGAGGAACACUCAAUUGAGAACCUCUCGGCUUACAACUACCAUUUGAAACAUGGUAUCCCAAAGGCCCUGGAACUCAAAAAGGCUGAAGAGACUCAGGCUGCAGAUUCACAGAUGGGCAGAAUCGUGGGUGGUGUCGUCACCGACAUCAGGGAAGUCCCAUACCAGGUUGGUCUCGUCGUCACUCUGCUAUGGAUCCUCACCUCCGUCUGCGGUGGCUCCCUCAUCUCUGACACCCGUGUCUUGACCGCUGCUCACUGCUACUGGGACGGAACCUUCACUGCCACCUCCUUCACCGUCGUCCUCGGCUCCAACACUCUCUUCAGCGGCGGACAGCGUAUUGCCACCACCGACGUCACCAUGCACCCUCAAUGGAACCCCCAGAGUGCUGCUAAUGACAUCGCCAUUAUUCGCCUUCCAUCUGUUACAUUUACCAAUGUCAUCCAGCCCAUCCCUCUACCGAGUGGAAAUGACAUGGACAAAGACUUCAUUGGACACAAAGGACUCGCAUCUGGAUAUGGCGCUACCAGUGAUGGUGCUAGCAUCAGCGUUCUUCAAGUCAUUAGCUCCGUGGAGCUAGAGAUCGUCUCAAACUCUGUAUGCAUGGCCGUGUAUGGUCCUAACUUCGUUCACGACAGCAACAUCUGCACCAGUGGUGCUGGCGGCAUGAGCACCUGUGGUGGAGACUCAGGUGGUCCCCUCGUUGUCGAGAGCGAUGGCAAGAAAGUACAGGUUGGUGUAACGUCAUAUGGUCACAUCGACGGCUGUCAACUCAACUACCCCGCCGGCUUUGCGAGAGUCACCUCCUUCGUCGACUGGAUCUGGAGCCAGUAA